AUAUAGCAGAAGUAUCAACAUCAUGGAUGUCUUUGACGAAGGAAUAUGUGAUGAUAUUUUGCCAGAGGACUGGGCUAAAGUAGAGCGAUCCAGAAAGACAGAUGGCUACAAAGAGGGCAUAGCAGCUGGGCAGGAAUCAUGUCUUCAGCAAGGUUUUAAUUCAGGCUUUUCACAAGGUACGAGAGCAAGUUUCAGCUACAGUUUCAUCAAAGGAAUCAUCAAUGCCUUGAUUACCAGCCUUCAUUCCAGAGAACAAGAUUUAGAUGAUGAUGCUGUAACCCCGGCAACCAUUCAAGAUCUAGAGGCUAUAAUGUCCGAGUUAGAUUCUCUUCAGCUGGAGAUGGGCUCUACGAAGAUACGCUGUAUAAGCAGUGGAGAUACGAGCGGUUCGUCUAAAGAUGCUCGAGAGAAGGAAGAGGAAUGUCAGAAAGGAGGGAAAACAACUUGCUGUGUAGACUCAGGAAACAGUCAUAAUGACCCGUCAUCUACAAGUUCAGCAUUUCCUUGUCAUCAAAAGAGAGACAAAGUGGCUAGUGGCGAGUCUACUCAGAAAAAUGCUUCAGGAGGCAUCGAUGAAGAACAUUUGUUUUAUUCACAGUCACACAAUCCAGGACUCAAGAAGAUUGUAGAAAGACUAAAACCACAUCUUGAACAAACUCACCAUCAAGAUAUCCUCAGCGUAGCUCAUCAAUUCCUUUAGCCUUUCCUGAUUUGAGUAUGAUACGAAACAGAUUCUUCUUUCGUAUGAGGUAGUAGCAUCAUAUAUCAAGUUAUUUCUUGAAGCUGGGUAAGCCAGUUGACUUGUGCUGUAAGUACUGAUAUUGUUUUUGUUGAGUCAGUAGCAAAAUCAACAGAGACUACCACUGACUCAAUCCACGUUGAGAUUGUAGAAAGACUAAAACCACAUCUUUUACAAACUCACUAUGAAGAAAUCCUAAGUGUAUCUCAUUUAUUUAUUUAGCCUUUCCUGAUGGAGUGUGAUAUGAAGGAGAUAGUCUUGCUGUAAGUACUGAUAUUGUUUUUGUUGAGUCAGCAGCAAAAUCACGAGAGACUAUACCACUGACUCAAUCCACAUUGAGAUUGUAGAAAGACUAAAACCACAUCUUCUACAAACUCACUAUCAAGAUAUCCUAAGUGUAUCUCAUCAAUUCCUUUAGCCUUUCCUGAUUUUAGUAUGAUAUGAAGGAGAUACUUCUUUCGUAAGAGGUAGUAGCAUCAUAUAUAUAUAUAUAUAUAUACAUCAAGUUAUUUCUUGAAGCUUGGUAAGCCAGUUGACUUGUGCUGUAAGUACUGUAAGUACUGAUAUUAUUUUUGUUGAGUCAGCAGCAGCAAAAUCAAAAGAGACUAUACCACUGACUUAAUCAUUAUUUAGAUUGUAGAAAGACUAAAACCACAUCUUGUAAAAAACUCAAUGUGCAUUUAUCAACGAUUUCUUUAGCUCUUACUGAUCAAGUAUGAUAUCAGGGGUAUAGUCUUGCUGUAAGUACUGAUAUUGUUUUUGUUGAGUCAGCAGCAAAAUCAAGAGAGACUAUACCACUGACUCAAUCCACAUUGAGAUUGUAGAAAGACUAAAACCACAUCUUGAACAAACUCACUGUUAACAUAUCCUAUCGUAUCUCAUCAAUUUCUUUAGCCUUUCCUGAUUGAGUAUGAUAUGAAGGAGAUAGUCUUGCUGUAAGUACGGAUAUUGUUUUUGUUGAGUCAGCAGCAAAAUCAAGAGAGACUGCUGUUUCAUGUCGUCUGAUUCUGUAGACAUGUCAAUUCAGUUCAAUUCAAUUUUAUUUCACAUCUCUUUAAAAACACAUCAGAAGAUAUUCAAACAAAUCGGUAUAAAUUAAACAAUAAAGUAUGACAACAUUUAUGGACAUGGCACUUUGAAAGAAGAAUGAAGGUUGGUGGAUGUGAGGGAUCAACAAAGGCCAUUGGCCUGUCAAGGCUAAUCCCCUAUAUUACCACACUUUAAGAGAAAUACAUAUAAAACAAAACAAUCAAACAAACAGAUAAUAUAACAUAGCAUAAUCACAUAAAAAACAACAUAACUAACAACAUAACUAAUUACAUUAAUCACAUUAAAGAUCGAAUGAAACUACUCAUUGUUAAGAAGAUAAAAUUCAUAUUUUUUCUGAAUGCAAGAACAGUUGAGAUUUCUUUGAGUUCAUCUGUUAAACCAUUCCAAAACUGUAGGCCUUUAAAACUUAUCGUGGUUCUUGAAAAGAUAAAAUGAUAAAAAGGUACAUACA